UUAUGUGAGCGUUUUCCCGCCUCGUGUGCAGCUGUGUGGAUGAAUCUGUGCUGGAGCGUGGACCAUGCUGAGCGCCUUUAAAAUGGAGGGACACGACCAUCCGGACUGGAGCAGCAGCGGCUACUACGGAGAGACCGAGUGUUACACCCCAGCGGGAAACAUGAACUCUGGUCUGUCCAUGAACUGUAUGGGCACCUACAUGAGCGCGCCUGGCAUGACCGGCACCGGACACAUGAACGCACCUUAUGUGAACCCGGCCGGGGUCAGUCACUCCUCGGUGCACAGCGGGAUGGCGCAGAGCCCCGGGGCCGUGGUGCAGGCUGGAGCAGGGAUGACGCAGGGCCUGGGCUCCGCGCUGCCGCCGAGCAUGAGCCCCAUCAGCCCGCCGCCGUACGGAACCGUGCCCGUGAUGAGCCCGGUGUACGGACAGGCCUGCAGCAUCAGAUCCAGAGAGCCCAAACCGUACCGGCGGAACUACACGCACGCCAAGCCGCCGUACUCAUACAUCUCGCUGAUCACCAUGGCGAUCCAGCAGUCCAGCAGCAAGAUGAUGACGUUAAACGAGAUCUACCAGUGGAUCAUGGAUCUGUUCCCGUUUUACCGGCAGAACCAGCAGCGGUGGCAGAACUCGAUCCGACACUCGCUCUCCUUCAACGACUGCUUCGUCAAGGUGCCCCGCUCACCGGACAAACCGGGGAAAGGCUCCUUCUGGGCCCUGCACCCAGACUCGGGGAACAUGUUUGAGAACGGCUGCUACCUGCGGCGCCAGAAGCGCUUCAAGUGCAUGAAAAAGCCCGGUACCGGUGACAAGGAGACGGCGGGGCAGCCCGGCUCGGAGGGCGGCUCCGUCACCAGCACCAGCUCUGGUUCGGACUCCCCGCACUCCUCGUCCUCCUCCCCGUCCUCAGAGGUGAAGGGAGCCGGGGUCGACCUCAAACCGCACCGGGGUGAACUGUUGCCCCCCAGCCCCGUGCGCGUGCCCUCCCCGCUCGCGCACACUCAGCACCUGUUCUCUCAUCAUCAUCAUCAUCAUCCUCUGCUGCUGCACGACGCUGCUCACCUGAAACCAGACCACUACCCCCACUACGCCUUCAACCACCCGUUCUCCAUCAACAACCUCAUGUCCGAGCCGCAGCACCACAAGCUGGAGCCGGUGAUGCAGUACGGGGGCUACGGUUCGGUGUCAGCCGGGGCGCUGGUGGCGGCCAAAACCGGCCUGGAUCCCGCUCACACCGACACCAGCUACUACCACGGCGUGUACACCAGGCCCAUAAUGAACUCCACAUGAAACAAAUAGGAGUAAAUCACUUUGAAAAUGAGAGUAAACGUGUUUUGUCCGAGGUCUGAAGAACUGUUUCCCACAAUCCAUCAGUCAUUUGUGUGUUUAUAUGUGCAACAGAUAAAAGUCUUUAUAUGGAAAA